UGUGUCGGAGUCCGCGUGACUCCAGCGGGUUGCCGUAGCUUCCGGUUUGCUUCGUGACGUAACGAAGGACCAGGAGAAUUUUACAGGCAAGAUGGCGACUUCGGAGCCGAGAGGACCUGAAAGUGAAGAGGGCUCGAAUGACAGUUCCACACCAGUUACUGCCAGUCCUGAACAGUACGUUAAACAUCCUUUGCAAAACAGAUGGGCACUCUGGUAUUUCAAAAAUGAUAAGAGCAAAAGCUGGACAGAAAACCUGCGACUGAUCUCCAAGUUUGACACAGUGGAAGAUUUCUGGGCGCUAUAUAACCACAUACAACAACCCAGUAAGCUUGGGUUUGGCUGUGAUUACUGUUUAUUUAAGGAUGGGGUCAAGCCCAUGUGGGAGGAUGACAGGAAUAAACUUGGAGGGAGGUGGUUAAUGACGCUCAACAAGCAGCAGCGACACAAUGACCUUGAUCGCUACUGGAUGGAGACACUGUUGUGUUUAGUCGGUGAGUCUUUUGACGAAGCCAGUGACGAAGUUUGUGGAGCAGUAGUUAAUGUUCGUCCAAAAGGGGAUAAAAUAUCCAUCUGGACAGGCAACUGCCAAAAUAGAGAAGCUAUUAUGACGAUAGGGCAACAAUACAGAGAGCGCUUGAAUCUCCCCAUUAAAAACAUUCUUGGAUACCAGUCGCAUGAUGACACCUCUAGCAAAAGUGGCUCGACGACAAAGAACAUGUAUUCGGUUUGAAGAAGACUUUCAAGUUGUAGGUUUAUAAAAUUACAAAUUUGCAUCACAUUAUUAUGUUUAAGUUGUCAACUGCUGUAGUGUCUUUCCUUUUAAAGAGAGAAAAACGUGCGUUAGUAGAACUCCAUUCUAAACGAACCAAGAAUAUCUAAUGGUUUUGACUCGUGAGAGGGACUGCAUCAGCUGAAACUAUGUGAAUCAUACUAGAUUAUAUUUUAGAAUUCAGACAUUAUGCUAAGUAUUAAAAGUGCCCUAGCUGAAAAGGUUUAUGGCUUAGAUUGAAAAGACACUCUUCUUUCCCUUAACCUUUCUUUUUCUCAUGCUUCUUGAUAUGAAAAGCCUAUGAAAAAAAAAACCAUGAACACAUGAGAACAAAAGAGCUGACAGCUUAAUUCACACACGUUUUAUAGGCUUCAACUAUUUUAACAUGCUUUGUUGAAAGGUGUUUGGCAUGAGGCAUGAUUGCAGAGGCGCCUGUAGAGAGAAUAUCAUAAAGGUUUGUAACAAAUGAGCUUCGGUUGCUCUCCAGGUUUGAGAUUUGGACGAGUGGCCGAUUAUCAUUUCAGCUAUGCUGGAAUUGUGGAGUCUUGCUUGUGGGCCUACUUUCAACUUUUAUGUUAGCCCCACAUCUAUUUAUGACUUAUGCAUUGCCGUCGAGUUACUUAGUGAGAGGAUGAAUUAAAACCCCAUUUCUGUUUUCAAUUAUUAUUAUUCUUUCCCUUCCUUUGUUUUGUUUUUUUUGAAGUUGUGAGUAAUGUGGACUACUGCUUAAUAUAGAACAUUUUUAUGGUGAAUUAUAUAGUAAAUACAGAUACAGCCAUGCUUAUGCCUUUUCCUCUUCCAAUCAGCUUUGUAAACAUCCCAAGUUGCACCACUUAAAAUUAAGACAAUACUCAUUGUGAAUUUAUUUUGCUCAUAAUGCAUCUAUCUGUAAUUCCAGGAUGUAUAUUACCUUCUUUCAAAGUAAAGGUGACAUGCUUUGCAUUAACAGAA